GCAUGUGUAUACUCGAUGUAUGCAACAUUUAUUGUCAUUGACCAUGAUGUAACAUUAUAUGCAACACAAUUAGUGAAUAAUAUUAGUAAUAAAAUAUGCCUAGACGCUGUAAAUAAUGACGUGAAAAUAAAUUUGUGGCAACUAUGGCUGCUUGAAGACCACGCGCAACUCCUCCGGGACGCACUUUGCAUGAGCGAACAUGUAGGUUGUGACGUCAUCGCCCAUAAUGUUGGCUCAAUUACGUCGUUGAGUGAAUUCAGCCUUAGGCGGCAUGCAAGACUUCGUCGAGAAUAUCUUUACCGCAAGAGUAUACAGGAUCGUCAUGCCGCCAUGCAGCAAAGGAAAGAGAAAAUCAAAGCGUCAUUGCAAGAGGGCAAAGAAAUUCCCACUGCCCUGCAAGUUAAGGCUUUGGGGCUGAUGGCAAGUGGUGACUGGGAUGACCCUGGACCUCAGUUAGCAGUGGAACUGGGUGGAGAGGCUGCUGGUGGAUCCACCAAUGUUGAUGACGAGUAUAGAUGGGCUGGUGUCGAGGACCCCAAGAUUGUCAUCACAACAUCCAGAGAUCCAUCAUCUAAGCUUAAACAGUUUGCAAAGGAAGUGAAACUUCUGUUUCCCAACUCUCAGCGUAUAAACCGAGGUAACUACGAGAAUAAACAGCUGAUAGAGGCGUGUCGAGCAAAUGAAGUGACAGAUUUUAUUAUUCUGCAUGAAACAAGAGGCAAUCCAGAUGGACUGGUGAUUAGUCACCUGCCCAAUGGUCCAACUGCAUAUUUCACCCUUGCCGAUGUUGUGAUGCGUCAUGACAUUCCAAACAUAGGAACCAUGUCUGAGCAGUACCCACACCUCAUAUUUCACAACUUUAAGACUCAACUGGGAACUCGGACCCAGAACAUUCUCAAGUAUCUGUUCCCAGUUCCUAAAGAUGACAGCCAACGAGUUGUAUCAUUCACUAACUGGGAUGACUGGAUCCUCUUCAGACAACACACAUAUAAGAAGGUUGAUGGUGGGAAAGACUAUGCCCUCAACGAGAUAGGCCCACGCUUCAGCAUGAAAUUAUAUCGCAUUAUUAUGGGUACAAUGGACCAGGAUCGGGCAGCAGAUACUGAAUUUGUUCUUCGACCGUACAUGAACACAGCAAAAAAACGAAGAUUCUUGUCAGAUGUUGAUCCAUGGUAAAAGCAAGAGUGGUUAUAUUAAGUACUCCAUGUAUUAAGUUUCUGGAAUGUGGCUGUUAAUUAAUACCAUACAGCAAAAUUGUUUA